CGCGGCGUUUCCCGGGAACCGCAGACGCCCUCUCUCGGUGCGCACGCUCGCAAUCGGCAGAGCGGUCUGCGCGCCCGAGGAGGCGGGAUGCGUCGCGGAAAAAAUAGCCACGGUCACGUCUCUGUGAGCGAGACCGGCCUCUGCAGGUGUUGAGAGCUGUCGUCGGCCCCAUCUUCCCGCUGCGGCGGCGGAACAGUGUGCAGGCUUCAGUAACCGGACCAGUAGCGGCCCCGGACCCGCCCCCGUCCCUCAGCUCGGACACGAUGACGGCCAACAGCAGGUACAGGAGCCGUGCGCCCCGGUCAGACGAUGGAGAGGAAAAAGAGUACGUGGGUUUUGCGACGCUGCCCAACCAGGUGCACAGGAAGUCCGUGAAAAAAGGUUUCGACUUCACGCUCAUGGUGGCAGGUGAGUCCGGCCUGGGUAAAUCCACCCUGGUGAACAGCCUGUUCCUCACUGACCUGCAUAAAGACAGAAAACUGCUCAGUGCUGAGGAGCGUAUCAGUCAGACGGUUGAGCUCAAGAAGCACACAGUGGACAUCGAGGAGAAGGGCGUGAAGCUGAAACUGACUAUUGUGGACACCCCAGGCUUCGGAGACGCCGUCAACAACACCGAGUGCUGGAGGCCCGUCACAGACUACAUCGAUCAGCAGUUUGAACAGUACUUCAGAGACGAGAGCGGCCUCAACAGGAAAAACAUCCAGGACAACAGAGUGCACUGCUGCCUCUAUUUCAUACCUCCGUUUGGACACGGGCUUCGUCCGGUCGAUGUGCAGUUCAUGAAGGCCCUGCAGGACAAGGUGAAUGUGGUUCCUCUCAUCGCUAAGGCCGACUGCCUCACUCCCACUGAGAUAAAGAGACUCAAAGAGCAGCUGAGGGAAGAGAUAGAUAAAUAUGGGAUAAAAAUCUACCAGUUCCCUGACUGCGACUCUGAUGAAGAUGAGGAGUUCAAGCAGAAAGAUAAAGAGCUGAAGGAGAGCUCCCCGUUCGCCGUGAUCGGCAGCAACGCUGUGGUAGAAGCCCGGGGUCAGAGAGUGAGAGGGAGGCUCUACCCCUGGGGCAUCGUGGAGGUGGAGAACCCGUCCCACUGCGACUUUGUGAAGCUGAGGACCAUGCUGAUAAGAACCCACAUGCACGACCUGAAGGACAUCACCAGUGACUGCCACUAUGAAAGCUACAGAGCCCAGUGCAUCCAGACCAUGACCAGUAAGAUGAAUGCAGACAAGCGGGUGGAGAGCCCCAUCCCGAUCCUGCCGCUGGCCACGCCAAAUGCGGAGACGGAGAAAAUCAUCAAAAUGAAGGAUGACGAGCUGAAGAGGAUGCAGCAGAUGCUUCAGAAGAUGCAGCAGCAGAUGCACGAGCAGGACCUGUGACCCCCGACCUCUCAUGUUAAAUCCGUGACCUUUUUUUUUUUUUUUUUUAGACCUUUUAUCCGGUAGACAAACCGAAAGACGGUCAGACACACAGCACAGGCCUAAAGCUUCACUAAUGCCAUCUCCUCAGGGGAUGGGAUGAAGAGACCUUUAGACGAUUACAGUCAAUAUUUCACUCACUUUUCAAAACACCGGUCACAAAGGAUCAGUAUAUGAAUGACGGCAUUCUGGGAGAUGUAUUUUAACUUAAUUUAAAUGUCCUGGAAGUAUGAACCUUUCAGAGGCUUUGCUUUUCUUUUUUAAUGCAGUCUGUAGCCAAGUGAGUCUAGUUAGGCCAUAGAGAGUAGAUUGCACUUCGUUGACCUUCAGAUCACAGUAGAUUUUUAAAGUACGUCUUGUACUUGAAGUACAACAUGGGACUAAUGCGCCCGACCCCCGUUCAUUUAGUAGUUUAUGCACUGAUCGUGUGGCCCCCUACUGUACGUGUGGAGUCACACCCAGAUUGAAAAGUGGCUGAUAGUGUGUUGAUGUUUUUUUUUGUUUUUUUUUUGGUAUGCUGCGGCCGUGUCUUCCGGCUUAUGGCACUUGAAAACAGUCGCCACUCAUGUUCUACUGGCAGAUACCACCACACCAUUACAUGAGUAUACUUAGUGGUCAAGUUUCAGUCCAAAUUCAGUGCAAGUUUCAACCAAAUUUCCAGCGAAUCUGCAAAAGAAUUGAUUAAUGUCUGUUUCCGUCCACUCCCGCUGCGUGAAUACGAGUUGACCGAUAAACAGCCGGUGGAGCUGAUUCUCCAGACGCUGCUGUUAAACCACCACAGAAGAAGAGGACACGGCGAGACGAGGUCGCUAAGAGAGCUGCAGUCAGAGCUCAGACGAUGAAGAACCGCCUGGAGAACGUGACGGAGACCUGACGUUUCUGUUGGUUCCAUGUGUUGAUGUGAGGAAGGUUCCAGCCUCCUCGCGGCUCCUCACAGACCCGACGGUUUCCUGUCUUCACUGGAGGCAACGAGAGACGUUUAAGUCACAUGAUUCAUGUACGUCAGCGUUUACUCACUAAGUCUGUUUCACUGCACUUUGUCACAUUUUGCUGUGAUCGAUGCACCAACUUUUCCACCUCAGCAAAGCGUAAAAACUUUUUGUGAUAUUUUUAGGUUCUUUUUUUUUUUUAAACUUUAUAUUUCCCUUCUGUUUUUUCAUGCAGAUGCAUACAGUGUAUACAGAUGUUGUACCACUCUUAAUAAUAAUACUAACAAUAAUAACAGGUGUCAUUGGCUUUGUACCUGUACCCUGCACAAUCACAAUAAAGUUGGAACUUAUCUAAUCUAAUUUAUAUAG